AUGAAAGACCGAAAAUCUGAAUUGUGCUCAAAAUACAUUACAAUAUUUAUUGUUGUAUCGUGUUAUUGGAUUGUAUCAAUAGCCACAGUAUUUGUUAACAAAAGUUUGUUAAGCAGUCAGGCGGUCGCUCUCGAGGCGCCUUUGUUCAUUACUUGGUUCCAGUGCAUUGUUUCAUUUACAAUAUGCUUUACAUUCAGCAAAACCGGAGGAAUUCCUGGAGUAUUCAAUUUUCCCAAGGGCACUCCUUGGAGUAAGGAGAUUGUAGGAAAGGUGAUUCCACUCUCUAUCAUGUUCACUCUGAUGAUAGCGACCAAUAAUCUUUGCCUAAAAUAUGUCGGUGUACCAUUUUACUAUGUCGGAAGAUCCUUGACGACGGUAUUCAAUGUUAUAUUCAGUUAUAUCCUGUUACGACAGACCACAUCACUAAGGUGUGUUUUGUGCUGCGGCUUUAUCAUAUUCGGCUUUUAUCUAGGAGUCGAUCAAGAGAGUCUACUAGGUUCCUUUUCACUAAUCGGAACUAUAUAUGGAGUGAUUGGAUCACUCAUGUUGUCGCUCUAUUCCAUUUACACAAAGAAAGUAUUGCCGAGUGUUAAUCAAGAAGUCUGGUUGCUAUCAUAUUACAAUAACGCAUAUUCCAUAAUACUUUUCAUCCCUCUAAUGAUUAUUAAUGGAGAAUUAAGUGUAAUUUGGAACUACACAAACUUCCAUAGUUCAUAUUUUUGGAUGCAGAUGCUCGUUGGUGGUUUAUGCGGUUUUGCUAUCGGAUAUGUUACAUCUUUGCAAAUUAAGGUUACCUCACCCCUAACACAUAAUAUAUCAGGCACAGCGAAGGCAUGCGCUCAGACUGUCAUAGCUACACAAUGGUACAAUGAAUCCAAGAACGGCUUGUGGUGGACGUCAAAUGUUAUAGUUCUGGCAAGUAGUGCUUUGUAUGCCAGAUUCAAGCAAGUCGAGAUGGAAGAACAUUCAAGAAAGAUAACUCCAGAAGAAGAGAAAAGCUUAGUCUAA